UUCAACAGUAGCAACAGUUCGUCAGAAACCUCCGUAGCUUGAUAGACAACAGAGACGAACCAAUAAAACUCUUUAGACGCUUUCGUGUAUAUUAGCCACUGUGUUUUAAAUCAACUUCUGUCGUUUAGUUAGGUAUCCCAUUUAAUUUCAUAUUUACGGUGUUGUUGUUAGUGAGCUAGCGGGCUUGUUAAGUUAGCAUUAGCCUAGCAAGCUAACAUCCGCGACCAUGAGUUCACUAAACUACUCUCCUCCUGAUAAAGAAGAGGAGGUCUGCUGGACGGAGAAAGAAGAUCUGGGGCUGAACAUUGUCGUCAAAGAGGAGAAGGAAGAGGAGGAUGUUACAAUACAAAAACAAGUGGAGGGUGAGGCUGUUACAGUGAAAGAAGAAGAGAAAGACGUUUCAGUGAAAGAAGAGGAGGAUGUUACAGUAAAAGAAGAGGAGGAAGAGAAAGAGGAGGAUGCAGUUUUUGGAGUGAAAGAGGAGGAGGGGGAGGUGACUGUCACAUCGAAAAAGGAGGAGGAGGAAGAAGAGGAGGAAACUGGAUAUCUGGGCCCGGAUUCCCAAAGGCAUCUUAAGGCGUCCAAUGGUUCAAAUGAUGAACUUAGCCAUAAAAUGGUUUUGAGAAACCAUUCCCUGAUUAACACUAGAGAGAGACAUGACGAUCGUGGAUCCUCUGGGGAGCCUCAACAACCUCAUGAUGCUGAGGAGACAGAGAAGAGUCUCUCCACAUCAGAACACCUCAAGAAACAGAAGCGGAAACACACAGGGAAGAAACCUCACCGCUGCUCUGACUGUGGGAAGAGAUUCACCUCUUCAGCAGACCUCAAAAGACAUCAGAGAAUCCACACAGGAGAGAAACCUUAUAGCUGUGAUCAAUGUGGGAAGAGAUUUACUGAUCUAAGCAGCCUGAAAAGACACCAGAGAAUUCACACAGGAGAGAAAUCUUAUAGCUGCACUGACUGUGGGAAGAGUUUUAAUGUUCCAAGCAGCCUGAAAACGCACCAAAGAAUUCACACUGGAGAGAAACCUUAUAGCUGCACUGACUGUGGGAAGAGUUUUAAUGUUCCAAGCAGCCUGAAAACGCACCAAAGAAUUCACACUGGAGAGAAACCUUAUAGCUGUGCUCAAUGUGGGAAGAGUUUUGUUUCAUCUAGCCAGCUGACUGUACACCAGAGACCACACACAGGAGAGAAAUGUUAUAGCUGUGAUCAAUGUGGGAAGAGUUUUGUUUCAUCUAGCAAGCUGACUGCACACCAGAAAACACACACAGGAGAGAAAUCGUAUAGCUGUGAUCAAUGUGGGAAGAGAUACUCUGGUAAAAGAUCUCUGAUUAGACAUCAGAAAAUACAUACAUGAAGGAGUUGUUCCAUGAUAUCAAUAAAAUGUCACAAUGUAGAACCCUAAAUGUUUGCCCCUGAUCUAUUGAUUUCAUGAUGAUAUGGAUAUUAGCCUCAUCAGGGGAAAAAUCCAGGUUCUGAAAUGAAAGAGUAGUAUUUAUUAUUAUUUAUGUGAUUAACAAAAAGUGUUGCGUUACACUUAUCUCGUCGGUGAUCCACUUGAAUCAAAAUGCAACUCUUCAAAAUGUAGCGAGCUGUUUACCACAAGUUGUCCUCUAACCAGUGAUGUACACAUUAAACCCAGAUUCCAUGUG